AUGUUCCCAUUCGAAGACGCUCUGGAGUCAAUGUGGAAUCGGCGCUGUGCGACCAGCCGCCAACGGCAGCUGCAGCAGAAGCAGAGCCCUGGUUGCAGAGAGACAGCUCCCUGCCUUCAUCUCUCUCAAUUGUGUGACCCUCCCCCUUUCCACUCUCCUGUUAUUGUCACAUUCCAGCUGGACUGACCGGUUCAUUUGGGUUUUGUCGCCGGAACCAUUCUCUUGACGGAUCAUCUUCAAUCAAAAAUAAUAAGCAUGGCGUUCCGGCUUUGUAAACUGCAAGGCCCUUUUAAUGUGUUGUCAGUGUUUUGCGAAUGUAUUUUGUUGUACUCAGGUUGAUUUAUGAAACAUUAGAUUUUUUUUCGGGGUUUGUUGGCGAUAUUUUGUGCAGGCGGCCAAUUUCUGGUUUAUAAGAAGCCUGGGGAAGCUGACGUAUGGAGAACGUGAAUAAAGAUUAUUGAGAGGUGACACCAACAAGGGUCCGUGGAAAAAGGAAUUUGGGGAAGCUUGGCAACAUUUUUGGCACCACUGAUAACUGCAGGCACUUGCAGCAAGAAUCAGUAACUGGAUCCACAGUUCUAAUGGCUGGCUGUGGGGAUGUCGAUCAUGCAUCAAACAUGAUUCCAGGAGGAAGGAAGUUAAAUGACUCCUGCUCAAACACAGCGCCUACUCUGACUGUACCAGAAUGUGCUAUCUGUCUUCAGACUUGUGUUCAUCCUGUUAAAUUGCCAUGCAAACAUAUCUUCUGUUUCCUGUGUGUGAAAGGAGCAUCUUGGCAAAGCAGGCGUUGUGCACUUUGUCGUCAAGAAAUUCCUGAAGAGUUUCUGGACAAGCCAGCUUUGCUGUCCCCUGAAGAGCUUAAAGCAGCAAGCCGUGGAAAUGGGGAGUAUGCUUGGUACUAUGAAGGCACAAAUGGCUGGUGGCAAUACGAUGAACGCACAAGUACAGAACUAGAAGAUGCUCAUUUGAAGGGCAAAAAAACAAUUGAAAUGCUCAUAGCUGGGUACUUGUAUGUUGCGGACCUGGAGAACAUGAUUCAGUUCAGACGUAAUGAGCAUGGCCGCCGCAGAAAGAUGAAACGAGAUAUUGCUGAUAUUCCCAAGAAGGGAGUGGCUGGUCUUCGUUUAGACUGCGAUUCCAGCGGAUUGACUACAGAAAGAGAGAAUUCUGCAGAUGGAGCAGAUAGUAUCGCUGGUGCUGGAUCUGCAUCUGUAUCAAUACAGUCUUCUGUUUCCAUAAUGAGGCCCACAGUUAGAUCAGCAACUUCCUUGGUUGACCAGCCAGUUAGUCCACUAACUCCUUCACCAGAUGCAAAUAUAUUGCUUGUGAACUCCCUUGCUCAGUUGCAGCUAAGUGGCCAAAACUUGACCAGGAGUCAUAGAGGAGAAGGAGAAGAGCAAUAUGUAGCCUCUAUAAGUAGAGUUUCAGCUGCGCAGAGUGCAGCCAGAAUGUCUUAUGAUAACACUGAGUCAGCCACAAGCUCCGAUACUGAGGAUGAGAACACCAGUCAGCUUCAUGAGUCUGGAACUACCACUAACAGCAGGCAAAUACUUGUUUCUCUGAACAAUGAGAUACCAGGAGAUGAACCAUCUCCAGAAGAAGAGCCUAGCAGCAUGAUCAGAGCCAGGGAGCAGCAACCUGAUGGACAAUGCACUGUAACAGAGGUCUAGACCUUACAGUCAUCACUUAUAAAAAGAACAAAUUUUAACACUUACGAGAUUAAGGGCAACUGAGGAACAUAGAAGUUCUCAGCCAGAAUUGCACUCAAUUAAAACUAGAACUAACUUUUAAUUGCUUUACUUCAUUUUGGCACCACUGCCUUUUUUUUGUCUAUUUUGCAAUCUGUAAGUUUCUUUAAUGUAGGAAUUGCAUGAUAUUUAUUGUGGUAACAUUAAAUUUAUUUUCAGUGCUUUAAAAUGUUUUAGUGUUGAAUUUCAAAACGACUCACCUUUUGUGCAUGUGUUAUAAAAUGUGAAUUCUGAACUCAUUACAAGCACCAAUUGUGCUUCUCAUUCUUCUUGGUAAUGUAUAGAUGCCUCUUGUAAAUUUUUUUUUUAAUUACUUUCAUGUAGAGUUAACUGGUUCUAUCAGGCAAGUGUUUGAAUAGACCUUUCUCUUUGUAUAGUCAAACUAAGAAUUAUUGUUUUCCUUUUUUUCCUCCUAAUUUUUAAAAUUAAUUUAGUGAGAAAGUGCUGCAAUACCCUGUCGUAUCAUUGUAAUUGAGGCUGGUAAUAGCUGUACCACAUUACCUACAUGGUUGACAUUCAGUGAAGUGUUAGACUGGUAGAAACAAUUAGUUGCGUUCUAAUUUACAUUAUCCUGACUAUAGUAAUGGUCAAAAUAAAGCUUAACAUUUUGUUAA